CGAUCUCGAGCUUGUGUGUAAUAACGUACCUGCUCAAUUCGUGUCGACUGCUACCGGUGGCUUCUGUCAGAAAGAGCAGUGAAAAUAUCUCCUUAUUUCCGUCAUUCCAGUCCUCCGAAGAGCUGCUGAUCUGUGCUCAUUAUAUCAAUUCAUUUUUUUGCAUAUGUUGCUUUUCAUAAUUUCACAAUGGAUUCAGUUCACGAUGAUGUAAAAGAGUACUACGGAAAGACGAUUCAGACGUCUUGCGAUCUACGGACGGACACUUGUCAGCUCGGGGCAAGUUCUGCGGCGGACAAGCUCAGCGUUCGGCAGGCCAUCGCCUCUGUACACGAUGACAUUCUCGCGACGUACUAUGGAUGCGGUCUGUGUAUUCCUAGCUUGAUAGAGGAUGCGAGGGUCGUUGACCUCGGUAGUGGCACAGGACGUGAUUGUUACGCAAUCAGCAAGCUAGUCGGACCCAAAGGUUUUGUUGUAGGCAUUGACAUGACAGAUGAGCAGCUUGAGCUUGCCAGAAAGUACCUGACAUAUCACCAGGAAAAGUUUGGCUAUCCAGCACCCAACGUUGAGUACAGAAAAGGCUUCAUCGAGAACCUGAAGGAUGCUCAGGUAGAGGAUAACCAGUAUGAUAUCGUUGUAUCAAACUGUGUGAUAAACCUGUCACCUGACAAGCCAUCAGUGAUCCGUGAAGCUUACCGCGUCUUGAAGGAGGGGGGCGAGUUCUACUUCUCGGAUAUCUACGUCCAACAGGACAUUCCAGAGCACAUCAGGAAACACAAAGUACUGUGGGGUGAAUGUCUGGCUGGUGCCCUCUGUUGGACAGAUUUAGAGAAAUACGCCGAGGAUAUCGGGUUCACCAAACCUCGUAUCGUCACUGCAAGGAAAGUGAAUGUUGAGGAUAAGAAGCUGUUGGAAGUUACAGGAGACAUUGCUUUCAUGUCGGUCACUUACAGACUGUUCAAGGUGUCCAAGGCUGAUUGUAAGACUCCAGCAGUAGUGACAUACAAUGGAACACUUGCUGAAUAUGAGACAGAGCUACCCUUUGACAUAGAAAAUACUUUCAAGGCUAACGUUCCUGUCAAUGUCGAUGCAGAGUUAGCUGAGAUCUUGCGAAGGUCAAGAUAUAGCAAGGUUUUUACUAUUGUAGAUGGUGCUCUGUGUUGCAAUACAAAGGUUGCUAAAAAUUGCCCCGUGGACCCGUAUGUGUACCUGAACUCGGACUGCUCUGAUGCAAGCCCAGGUGCUAAGCCUUCGGGACCUAAAUGCUGUUAAGUGCUCUGCAAUCUAUCAAGACCAAUUCUCACAGCUAAAACGACUUUUGCUCUGUUGCAAAAUGUGAUCACUAAGUAAAACUUAUUGAAAACUUUACCCUUAAUCAAAUUCUAAUCUCCGUGCAGUGAUCUCUCCGUAUUCUGAGAAAUCUCAGAAGUUGAGAUCGAAGCAAUUGUGUAAGAUGACUAUGUCAUGUCACCAGGAAAAGUUGGAACUGGAUUUCAGUUUCAACUCUGUAACCCAACACAUUCUUUUUCUCUCUUUCUCGGCUCCGUAACACAAAGAUUAGCGAUCAAUCGCUAAAUGAACUGACCAAUCAAUAUCAGUGUUACACGAGCAUUAGGUUUGAAAUACUGACAAGGGACCAAUCAGUGCUGUUCUUUCAUAUUUGUGAUUCAUCGCAAACCUAUGUUACGGAUCCCAGAUCUUCUCUUUUUCUUUCUCUUUCUCUCUACACCCCACCCUCUUCCAUUCCCCCUUCUAUUCUCCCCUCUCCUUCUUUCUCAUU